GCACCUCACUUCCUCCUCUGGCCACCUGUUGUCCUGGUUGCAUACAACAAGCCGAGCAGCUACCUGUCUCACCUGGCAGUCUCCUCCACAUUCCUGCUGCAUGGAGAACAUCAGGAGCUUCUGCAUUACCUGGACACAGAGGCUGUGCUGCUGCUGCUGCAAGGGAGGCGAAGACAAAUCCACCGAGCUCACACAGGUGGAGGUGAGAGCAGCAACUAGACAAGACCAGCAGCCCAGCUCCACAGGUCUGCAGGAUGAUGGAAAUGGAAACGGCAGACCGCAGCCGCCUCCGAAGAGAGACCUCAGCGGCCAACAAGACCCAAAAGAGCCCCACAAGCAGAAGCAAACUGUUACCUCCUACACUAAUGAAGGAACCCACGUGACGGUGGAGAUCCAUCCCAAGGGCACCUCCCCACAGUUCUUCAAGAAGCUCUCCUUUGGGAAAGGUCCCCGGAGAGUGCCCAGCCUGAGAGGCCAGGACAACAAAGCUUUUGAAAGGACCGAAGCCCCGCGGCCACCAAGCACAAAAGACCUGCAUGUGUAUCCAUGGGACAAAUCCUCUUUGAAAUCCCUGGCAGUGGAUCUACAGAAAUUUGAGAAGCUGGAUGCCUAUGCAUUAAAAGUGAACACCAAGGGCAGCGUAGAGGAGCUCGUCCAAACCCUGCUUAAACAAGCCCGCACCGACCUGGAGAAAGUCCGUGUCAUAUGGAUGUGGAUAUGCCACCACAUAGAGUACGACGUAGUGGGCUUCCAUAACAAAAGCCUGCGGCUGUGCAAACCCACGGACGUGCUGCGGACGGGGAAGAGCGUCUGCGAGGGAUACGCUGGGCUCUUCCAGCAAAUGUGCAGCGUUGCAGGGAUCCAGUGCAUGAAACUGUCGGGGUACUCCAAGGGCUACGGGUACAAGAUUGGGCAGACCUUCCAGGGGAACUCUGACCAUGCCUGGAAUGCCGUCUACCUCGAUGGGAGGUGGCACCUCUUGGACAGCACCUGGGGAAGCGGCACUGUGGACGAUGCCUUAACCAAGUUCACCUUCAAAUACAACGAGUUUUACUUUCUGACUCACCCGGCUCUCUUCGUGAACAAUCACUUCCCAGAUAACAGCAACUGGCAGCUCCUCAAACCAACGCUGACGCUGAAGCAGUUUGAGAGCAACCUGCAGCACAACAGUGACUUUUACAACCUGGGGCUGCUGGCUGCACACCCACAGACAGCCCUCAUCCAGACAGAAAAUGGAACAGCCACCAUAUCAGUGGAGUGCCGCCCUUCCACAUUAUUCACCUUUAAGCUGGAGGGAACAGACGAGCAUGGCUUGUUGACCUUGAGGAAGCAGGGGAUGAAGCUGGAGCUCUACCCCCAGAAGACGGGACGCCAGGAGCUGCAGAUCUUUGCCAGACCCUCCAAAUCCACAGAAGACGUCUACACCUGCGUGCUGGAGUACAUCGUGGAGUGCAAGUCCGUGGACAAGAGCAGGUGCUUCCCAAAGGACCUGCACCAGCCCGUGGGGCCAAGCUGGUUCACAGAGAAACAGGGCUUCCUGCGGCCCUCGCACCCCGACCCCAUCAUUCACACCAACGAUGGGCGCUGCUCCCUCACCUUCACCCUGGGGAAGGACAUCAGCAUCCUGGCCUCGCUGCACGCCGACAGCAGCAGCCUGAGCGAGGAGAUGAGCAGGCAGCACAUCAUGCAAAUCCACCGUGGCAACCAAGUGGAGUUCAAGGUCCAUCUGCCCCACGCGGGGAGCUUCGUUCUGAAGUUCUUCACCAAGAAGAAGUCAGACCCCGGCAGUUACAGCUUCAUCUUCAACUACCUCAUCACCUGCCUGAACACCGAGGUGAAGUGGCCCGCCUUCCCGCUGAGGUAUAGCAAGUGGGCAGAGGGCUACGAACUGCUGGAGCCGCUCUCCAGGCUGCUGCCAGCCAACCGCAACGUGCAGUUCAAGCUCAAAAUGCAGGGCAUAUCCAAGGUACUGGUGCAGGCGGGGGACACCUACACGCUGACCCUGAGCAGAGACGGCUUCUGGGAGGGAACCUGCAACACCGCGGGGUGCACGGAGCUCUUUGUCAUGGUGCACGAGAACGCCAACCACAGCUACUACUCACAUAUCCUGAAGUACGACGUCGAGACGCAGUAACGCCUCCUCUUCGUUCCCCAACUCUCCUGCACCACCCAACGCGCCCCAAACCAACACCACUUUAGGAGAUCGUUUGUUCCUUUGGCCAACGCAGAGCAACGCUUGCAUCCUCCUGCAAGACCAAGGGUUCAGAGGAGGUCAGAGGCAGAAAAUCCCAUUACAAAGGGAUCAACCCCCCACCCAAGUUUCAGUAGCACUGCCCAGGCAACGCUUUGGAGAAACCAAUGGCCACCUGGCCUUGGGCCUUCAGCAGCGAUGGCUGCUUUCUAAACUACGGACCAUAAGAGAAGUCUUAUUACGACGACGUAGAGUAGCACCCUCUGGUUUUGAGCAGCACUAUUGGACACGGGGAGUUUCAGGUUAUUAAAACCAGGUUUCUUUAGACAUCCCAGGAGAGAGAAGUGUUGGGAAGGAGAUAUGAAGCGAUGUUUUCUUGCGCACUUCAUUGUCUUACGCAUUUUAGUGAUACUGCGAAAUGAUUUCUUACACUUGAAUCUUAAAUUCAAUAAACAAAAUAAUUUUUACCUUUUUAUAUUAGAGUAUUUGAACUGUAAGCACUUUUUGUUUCUGUGAUAUUAGCACUGUAAUCGUAUCUCAAGCAUAGAGGUGUUUGCACAAUUAAAAACAUAGCAAAACAGAGAAUGAAGCUCUUGGUAAUCGCUCCUUCCUCCGGCUCGUCCAUGCAGAACUGGGGCUGCUGAGCUCACAGGGCUGUGUGAGGCUGAGCGAUGGUAUUGCACGCACAGCACAUCCCGUAACCUCCUCCUGGAGAACCACAGUGCAUACAGCUGUCUGAUACCGGAGCUCACCGAGACACCCCGUAAGAUCAACACUUUCAUACACCCCUGAUGUUAGCGUGACCUGACGGACAUUGUGUUUGCUCUUGGACUUACAAUAAAACUGUUCUGGUUUUGC